AUGGAGGUGGGUCUCGGCCGCAGGCCAACAGGCACGCGGCGGACGGCGGCCCCCAAGCGGCUGGCCCGCAUGGCCGCGCCCGCGCCAGCGAGACCAGCGUUGGCCCGCCAGCCCCGGCGCGCCUCCCGGGCACAGCCGCCGGCCGAGGUCCAGAGCAAGAAGCGGACCCUAGGCGUGGCAGCGCCCGUGAGCCAGCGGCAGGCGCCGAAAUUGGAGGGCCUGUCGGUGAAGAAGGCUUCCGGGGGGCCCCUGCUCAGCGUCAGCCUCUGGGGAUGCGACACCGACCGGGGCAACGACGACGCGGUGGACGCGGGGGAGAGCUCGGAGAGCGACGACCUGGACGUCGCCACGAUGGGCCGAUGCGGACGGAGGCGCACCAAGUACUGCUCCUACGCCGUGCAGACCAAGACCAGGGGCUACAACCACCUCCUGGUCUCCCGGUUCUACUACUGGGCGAAGCAGCGGCGCCUUGGCCCCCGCCCGCCACCCCAGCUGGAUGGGACCCUGCGCAUCCACAUGACGGAGCUGUUCCUGUCUGGGAGACAAGCCAACGUGGGGGGGAAGCUGCUGGCCGGAGGCGGUGAAGGGCUGGCGCCGUCUGUGCCCUGGCCGGAGCCGCCACCCCAUGCCCUUCUGCGUCUGGGCAGCGGUGUGCCACUGGAUGCUGACGCGAGGCAAGCGCUACGAGGCGGCGGCCAUCUUGCUGAGCUUUCUACGUGCUACCUGAGGCCGUCCGAGCUGCUGAGUGUCAGGCGCGGUCACUUCGUACCCCCAUCGAACGGAGUUUCCAGGCACUGGUGCCUGCUGCUUGCCCCGGAGGAGCUGGGGAUCCCGACCAAGGCGGGGGUGCUCGACGACAGCCCCCAGCUGGACACGGGAUCGCUCAAGUGGCUCGACGUGGCGUGGAAGGAGAUCAACUCGAGGCCUGCGGCCGAGCGAGCCUUCCCGUCCAGCUACCAGGAACUGCUGGCCGACGUGAGGGCCGCCGGUGCGACACUCGGGCUGGAGCUGGUGCCCUACCAGCUCCGACACAGCGGAGCCUCUCACGAUCGGCUUCGGGACCUCCGCGGAUUGCCAGAAGUGAUGAAUAGAGGGCGCUGGCGGAAGCUCAAGUCAGUCGUUCGGCACGAGAAGCACGCGCGCGUGGGCCUGGAGUUCGGGAAGCUGGACGCCCUGACCAGAAGUCACUUCUCCACGGGCCAUCCUCAGACCUGUGUGAUCCCAGAGCCCGCAGUCGCUCUCGGCAACGCGACGCUGGACGCCGCUCUCGAUCUGGCCAGGUCCGCCCAGUCUGCCGGGGCCCCCAUGGGUUCUCGACAACCCCCAUACCUCUAA